GCAGCAGCAGCAGCAGCAGCAGGAUGAGCCCCGGAGGGUGGUGCGCGGGCAAGGAGAAGCGGCUGGGGAGAGGCGUCGCUUUCCGCCUCUGCCUCUCGGCCACCCUCCUCCUCCUCCUGGGGCUCCACCUGGCGCUCCGGUGCUCUUGGGACGUCGGCGACGCCAAGCCCGCGAUGGCGCGCCCGCCCCGGUUCCCGCCCGACGGUCGUCCUCGAGCCGACGGAGCCCACGAGGCGCCCAGCAGGCGGCAAGUGACCUACGUGAGAAGCGGCCGGCGGACGAGCGACGGCGCCGAGCCCACCUGUUGUCUCCAGGGGGCGCCCCCACGCCGCGCCGGCAGGAAGACCAUACGUUGGCACAUAGACUUGCAGCCCUGGGCAAGUUCUACACCAUCACUGAGGAAUGAAGCCCUCAGGCUCUUAAAAUAUAUCAGCACUGCUCAGAUUUCAUGUGAUCACAUGGACAUGAAAGACCUGCUAGGAAGCCCUGACAGGCUGGCAAAACCCUGGCCAGUCUGCUUGGAUGACAGAUUCAGUUUAGUUCAUCAAAUCAAAAGCAAGGAGUGUCGCCUGUACUCACUAGGCUUGGGAAGCGAAGACAACCAGUUUGAGGUCAGCAUGGCCAACAGUGGAUGUGAGGUGCAUCGUUUUGAUCCAGGUAUCAAAGCAGCACACAUUCAGGAAGGAAAGCACCUCUGGUACCAUCGCGUAUCAAUAGACUGGCGGGAUCCUAACCCAAUAAUUGCUGCUCAUAAGCUUCGCAUCAAUACCAAGAAGCUUGGCACUGUAUUACAUGACUUUGGGCACAAUAAGAUUGAUAUCCUCAAAGCAGAUAUGGAAAGUGCUGAGUGGAAAAUUUUGGAAAACUUGAUCCUGGAGGACACUGUGGAACAGAUAGGCCAACUGGUCUUUGAAAUCCAUGUCCACUGGCCUGGGUUUGAAGUCAGCGGCAAUGAGAGCACCGUGGUUCGGUACUGGUACAGUCUCCUCAAAGAACUAGAAGUGAAAGACUUCAGGCUUUUUCACACUUACAGAGACUUAUCAAAACCACAGCUUUUUCUAAAAAGUAGUGAAUUCAAUGCAAGUAGCUGUUAUAGACUGAGCUGGGUGAAUACAAGGUGGAAAUGGAAAGCUUAAGCUUAUGGUGUGGGACUGCGAGGUACUGAUGGGAAUGACCAAACAUGCAAAUUGGGACCCUGUAAUAUUAAUAAGUGUGUGUGUCACCCCCCCACCACCACAUUUUUAAGCAUUAUGGUCUCCCAAAGUAGAAAAGCACAGCUUAUCCUAGAAGAGGGACAUUUUAAAUAUUUUGUUUGCAUCAUUUAUGCUGGGGUGGGCUGGCUGUUUAAUUGCCACUUCUGAUCUGUGCAUGUGGUUACUUCUCAAUCCAGGUUUUACUCUGCUUUAUGCCACUAUCAUCAUAGAUUGAAAAGGUAACACUUAUCAAAACAAAUGGUUUGUUUUUGGAUAAACAGGUAGGAUCCUAGCACAAAUUAGCUUAAAAUAUUAAGCUUCUGUAAUUAUAGAGUGGGGUUGGGAUUUCCACUUUGAUUUACCCUUUUUAUAAAGCAAUAUCCUGAGAAUCUGGAGAUUUCCUUAUUUUCUCUUGACUUUAAAAAUGCCUUUCCCCACUCCAUUUUGACUUCCUGUUUUCUUCUUGGCUUUUAUAGUUAUCUCCUUGCAUUACAGCAACUUUUCCUUGCUCCUUACAUGCAGCAGAUAGCCCUUCCUUCCAUCUCUCAUUUUGAUCAUACUGGUUCUGCUUACAUUUGAUGAGCAUGUCACUGGUUCAGUUUGUUCAACACUGUACACCAGAGACCCACAGAAGUGUGGCCUAUCACAAAUAAGUAGUGGGCUGGAGGUCAAUUGCUCUUGCUGAAUAUACCACAACUCUCUUGACCUCUCUGGUUCGUUUACUGCGUUUUUUUAUCUAAGUGCACAGCGAACUCUUUUUCUCCUUUCCCACCCAACCAGAUGGAAUCCACAGUUCAUUUGUGGAUGCCUCAGAAUGACUGGGAGAGACUAAUCUAGAACAGCCCAGGAAAACAUUAAGUACAAUGGUUUAGCCUUUCCUGUUGCAGGUAGAAACGAUCAAGCAGCAUAUACUAGCCUGCUAAUCAUCCACAUUAAGCCACGGUUCUCCUGGAGCCUUGACUAGAGAUGGGGGUAUUCAUAUUCGUAUACAAAUAUCCCCGCAUAGGUGGUGUUAAUGAGGCUCCAGCCCCAUGGGGCCGGACAGUUCACUCACCAAUCUGCUACGGACGGUGUGACUCUACGA